UCACUCCUCCCCCUCUCUCUCUCUCUCUCUCUCUCUCUCGUCCCUGGUAUCAGAUGAGUCAGUGUGUGUGUUCAGUCGGCAGCAUGGCGUCUCUCAGCUUCCUGCUGCUCAGCGCCACUCUGAUGCACGCCGUCCAGCCUCUGCCAGUAGAUCGCAGCAGGGGGCUUGGCCUGGACGUCUCAGUGGGCGGAGUCAGACGCCAGCGCAGAGACCUCCGUAACUUGCUGCCUUACGAGGACCAGAUGAUGUCAUACGCCGCCACGCAGGGAGGAGGCAGGGCCAACAACCUGUACUACCAAUCAGAUGACUGGAGGGGGCAGGGCUUGGACCAGGCUCUGCAGCGAUUGGUGGAGAGGGAUCAGAGGCGGGAGCAGGAGGAGGAGCAGCGAGCAGCAUACCUGUCGGCUCUGCUGCACCUGCUGAGCGAGGCGGAGAGUGCAGGGCUGGUCGGCCCCGGGGAUGUGGAGGUGGUGGAGGAGGAGGAGGAGGAGGACCAGGGGCCUCCCGGGGACUUCCAGGGCCCAGCCCCCCCGGACUACGAUGAGACGGGGCGGGGGCUGAACAUGGGGAGGCCCCCUGCUGCCUGGUGGGGCCUCCUGGAGCCCCAGCUGGCUCAGGCUCUGCUGGACAGGAUGGAGCCUCAGCUGGCUCAGACUCUGCUGCAGAGAGCCCGGCAGGAGAGACUUCAGCAGGCCGGAGGCAGUCCAUCAGGACUGACCCGGGAUCAGGAUGCCCUCAGGCGGCUGGUGGCCCGGUUGCUGUCUGGUGUUGCCGCUGACUCUGGGCCGGUGAUGUCUUCUGGCCGCCGAAUGAGAAGGGACCUGACCGUCGCAGCAGCUGAUCCCAAUAGCUCCGCCCACAGGAGAGCACGCCGCUCCCUCGAUGACGUAGCUCCUCCUCCUUCUCCCAGCAACGACCCCCCUCUGCUGAGAGUGAAGAGGCUGGAAGAGGAGGAGGAGGAGGAGCUCCGCCCCCCCACCGCCGGCCUGCAGAGGAUGAAACGCAUCGACACCACCGGAGAAGAACUGAAUCAUGGGAGUCAUAGGCGCCGGAGGAGAGCCGCCGUGAACUACGACCCCCAGAUACUGAUCGAUCAGAUACUGGAGUACAUGAGGGAGUAACAGGAGGAGGAGAGGAGAGGAUUAGAGGAGGAGACGAGAGGAAGUGAGGAGAGGAGGGGAGGCGGCAGAAAGGGAGGAGAGGAGAGCAGGAGAGAAGGAGGAUGAAGACAGAUAAAAAGGAGCAGAGGUGGAGGUUCUGUAGAUGGAGGGAUGAGGAGGCGCAGAGAAGGUGUAUUUUGUCUUCAGGAGUUUUUGUUUUCUGUAUUUUUUCGUGUUUUGCUGCUUUUGGUGAAAAUGUUUCAGUCGUUUGUUGUUAAAAAGAUAAGAACAGAAAAGAUAAGGUGAUUUAUUAUUCAUUAAAUCAUUUAUUAAAAUAAAAUCCUGGACAGUUUCCUGUGAAUAGAUCUAACCAGAAUAAUUUCUGACACGUUGUUUGUAGGAAAUUUUCCUGGAAUUUACAUAUUUUCCAAAGAUCAAUGAAAUGGCUUUAAAAACUACAACAGUACCCACAAUGCAUCAGUGUGAAGCUCUCUGAUUGGCUCUUUCUGGGACUUGUAGUUGACCCCGCCCACUCUGAUCCUCUAUAAGUCGUUUAACUGUAAAUGCACCUGUCC